AUGCCCGGCCUGUUGAACCAGGCCACAGGGGCAGCCCUGCCCCUCACCGCAUCUGAUAUCACCUCUUUUGUCAGUGGUUAUGCCCUGGGUCUGACCGCCUCCCUCACCUAUGGUAACCUGGAAGCUCAACCCUUCCAGGGCCUCUUUGUGUACCCCCUAGAUGAGUAUACCACAGUGAUCGGCUUUGAGGCAGUCAUUGCCAACCGUGUUGUGACAGUACAGAUCAAAGACAAAGCCAAGCUAGAGAGCAGCCGUGUUGAUGCCACCCAUGUCCGAUCGUCAGCAGUCACAGGAAAUAUUUUGCAAGAGGGGGCUCCCAUUGCCCUUCAUUCCUGCACACCAGGAAAGGUUACUUUGGAUGAGGAUUUGGAACGGAUCUUGUUCGUGGUCAACCUGGGGACCAUUGGUCCCAUGGAGAAUGUGACCAUCUUCGUGAGCACCUCCUCCGAGCUCCCAACACUGCCCAGCGGGGCUGUGAGGGUGCUGCUGCCUGCUGUCUGCACCCCAACAGUGCCGCAGUUCUGCACAGAGUGUGCUGGCCAUGCCACUCAACAGCCCCAAAGCAAAGACAGGCAUUGCUUCAGGGCCCAAGCCCUAAACUCCUGGAACAAGCUGAGCCUGGAGAAUCUUCUGGACACUGAGGUCUCCAACCCCAUGGAAUACGAGUUCACCUUCCAGCUGGAGAUACGUGGGCCUUGCCUGCUGGCAGGGGUGGAGAGUCCCACCCAUGAGAUUCGUGCUGAUGCUGCCCCAUCUGCCCGCUCAGCCAAGAGCAUCAUCAUCACCUUGGCCAGCAAGCACACCUUUGACCGACCCGUGGAGAUUCUCAUCCACCCCAGCGAGCCCCACAUGCCACAUGUCCUGAUGGAGAAAGGAGACAUGACCCUGGGAGAGUUUGACCAACACUUGAAGGGAAGAACAGAUUUCAUUAGAGGAACAAAGAAGGACAACAGUGCAGAGCGAAAGACAGAAAUCAUCCGGAAACGUCUCCACAAGGACAUUCCCCACCACUCUGUCAUCAUGCUCAAUUUCUGUCCUGACCUCCAGUCAUCCCAGCCAAACCUGAGAAAGACCCACGGGGAGUUCAUCUUCCUCAUCGACAGAAGUGGCAGCAUGAGUGGGACCAACAUCCUCUGUGUCAAGGAUGCUAUGUUGGUGGCUCUCAAGAGCCUCUUGCCAGCCUGCCUCUUCAAUGUCAUUGGGUUUGGAUCCACAUUUAAGACUCUGUUUCCUUCCAGUCAGACUUACAACGAGGAGAACUUGGCCUUGGCCUGUGAUAACAUCCAGAGAAUGAGGGCUGACAUGGGUGGCACCAACAUCCUCGCCCCUCUCAAGUGGAUCAUCCGGCAGCCAGUGCACCAGGGCCACCCACGGCUCCUCUUCCUGAUCACGGAUGGUGCUGUCAGCAACACCGGGAAGGUGCUGGAGCUGGUGCGCAACCAUGCCUUCUCCACCAGGUGCUAUAGCUUUGGCAUUGGACCCAAUGUCUGCCACAGACUGGUGCAAAGGCUUGCAUCUCUAUCCAAGGGCAGUGCUGAGUUCCUGGUAGAGGGAGAGCGGCUGCAGCCCAAGAUGGUCAAAUCCCUGAAGAAGGCUAUGGCCCCAGUCCUGAGUGAUGUGACUGUGGAGUGGAUCUUCCCUGAGACCACUGAAGUCUUGAUCUCACCUGUCAGCACCAGCUCUCUCUUCCCUGGAGAACGGCUGGUGGGGUAUGGCAUUGUGUGUGAUGCUUCUUUAUACAUCUCCAAUCUCAGAUCUGACAAGAGGCGACAGUACAGCAUGCUGCACUCUCAGGAGUCUGGCAGCUCCGUCUUCUACCACUCACAGGACGAGGGGCCCAGCCCAGACAGCAGGGACUGCACCAAGAGCUCAAGGGCAUCUUUCAGCUCACAGAGCAAAGAUGCCCGACAGUCCAGCAGAGACUCCACCACCAACGCCAAUUUAAGCCUCUCCCAGCGACGGAGGGCAUACAGCACCAACCAGAUCUCCAACCCCAAGCCUUCUCCAAGGGCCACCACAACCAGCGACCCCACAGCAGCUGCCAGGAGAUACCCAAUAUGGAAAGCCAAGCAGCAGGACCUUACCAACCACACCAGUGUGGACGCCCAGCACUGGCAGAUUGAUUUACAGCCCUUGCUGAACAGUGGCCAUGACCUGAGUCAGGGCCCCAAAAUCCAGGGUCCAGGGGCCCGCAGGCCCUCCCUGCUGCCCCAAGGCUGCCAGCCCUUCCUGCCCUCAGACCAGAAGCCCCAAGCCUGGAGCCCCAUGAAUCCUGAGUCUAGCCUAAAACCUGCCUCAGACCACCGCAGCCCUGGGGACCUGGAGCCGUCCCAUCACCCCUCCUCCACCUUGGAGACCGAGACUUCUGACUGGGAGCCCCUGACCGAACUAGAGGAGUGGGCCGGCGCUGGCAGAGCUGCCACCCUAGGCCCAGUGCUGGGCAAGGCCGUGGUCAAAGGCCUGCGCAACAGUCAACGGGUGCAGUGGGAGGUGAGUUUCGAGCUGGGCCCCCCAGGCCCGGAGCAGGAUGGCGACCGCGAUGCUGACCUUUGGAAUGAGACCUUCCACCACCUGGCGGCCCGCGCCAUCAUCCGCGACUUCGAGCAGCUGGCGGAGCGCGAGAGCGAGAUCGAACAAGGCUCCAGCCGUCGCUACCAGGUGAAUGCCGUGCACACCAGCAGGGCCUGCAAUGUCAUCAGCAAAUAUACCACUUUUGUACCUGUGGACAUGAGCCAGCGUCGGUACCUGCCCACUGUGGUGGAGUACCCCAACUGUGGUGCUGCAACACGGAUGGCCAGCUCACGGGGCCUGACCCGACAGCUGAGAGGCAUCUCUGCCAGCUUUGGACGGUCCCAGACUAUGCUUGGGGGAGAAACAGCAGCAGGAGAUGGUACCCUGCACAGUCAGACCACCACCACCCUUUCUUCUGUGAAGACCCCCGAGACUCUCUUUGGAUCCAGACUGAGUCUCAACAAGUCCAGGCUGCUGAUGCGAGCAGCCAAGGGCUUCCUGGGCAAGCCACUGAGCAAGACUCCAGAGUCACCUUCGGGGAACCAGAACCUUGACUAUGUGCCCCUGGUGUCUCUGCAGCUGGCCUCAGGAGCAUUCCUGCUCAACCAUGCCUUCUGUGAGGCCACCCACAUCCCCAUGGAGAAGCUUAAGUGGACUUCGCCCUUCACCUGCCACCGAGUGUCCCUCACUGCCCGCCAGCCCGAGUCAAAGACCCCAACUCUCCAGCUGUGCACCAGACCCUCACCACAGUACCCCACCUGUGACAGCUUCUCCCCAGAGCCCCCAACUGAUGGCAAGCCAGACUUGGAGGCAAGGGUCGUAGUGGAGCACAUGGGGAAGCUGUGGGCCACAGUGGUGGCACUAGCAUGGCUGGAGCACAGCUCUGCUGCCUACUUUAUUGAGUGGGAGCUGGUGGCCGCCAAGGCCAGUUCGUGGUUGGAGCAGCAGAAGGUACCUGAGGGCCGCACACAGAGCAUGCUGAAGGCCGCUGCCCGCCAGCUCUUCGUGCUCCUGAGGCACUGGGACGAGAACCUCGAGUUCAACAUGCUCUGCUAUAACCCAAAUUAUGUGUAG